ACAUGCUUGUAUGUACACACACAUGGGAGAAGCCGCACUGCAGGGAGGUGUGCAACGAAAUGUGAAUUGAAUUUUGUUGAUUGCACGUGUUUGCGUCUUGAGAAAUUUUAAAUACAUUUACCAUUAAUUUGCCGAUUUUUCGAGUCUCAGCAUUGCUGCAUUAAUGGACAAAAUUUGAUUUUACCUCUUCGACUAUAUUGUUUAUUCAAAUAUUUAAUAAUGGCAGAUAUUCCGACAAACGUGGGUGUCACGCGAAAAAUGUCAUUCGGCAUUAACGGUAAGCUCAACGGCGUGGAGUGCAAGACUCCCUUUCUGAUCGGAGUUUCCGGUGGCACCGCAAGUGGAAAGUCCACGGUGUGCAAGCGUAUAAUGGAAAAACUGGGGCAAGUUGAUAUGGACCAUCAGCAGCGUCGAGUAGUUUGCAUAUCCCAGGACAGCUUCUAUCGUGAUCUAACAGCUGCAGAAAAAAUAAGGGCUGAGAAAGGACAGUACAAUUUUGAUCAUCCCGAUGCAUUCGAUAAUGAUCUGAUCUUGCAAACACUACAGGACAUACUUGCUGGCGUCAAGUGUGAAAUACCAGCCUAUGACUACAGAACAAACAGUUUGAUGAAAGACCAAGUUACCACGAUAUAUCCUGCGGAUGUGGUGCUGUUUGAAGGAAUACUGGUAUUCUAUUUUCCCAAAAUCCGGGACUUGUUUCACAUGAAACUAUUUGUGGAUACGGAUUCAGAUACUAGACUUGCGAGACGAGUACCGAGAGACAUAAAUGAACGUGGGAGAGAUUUGGAUUAUGUCCUGAAUCAAUAUAUGAAUUUCGUGAAACCAGCUUUUGAGGAGUUCUGCCUACCAACGAAAAAGUUUGCGGAUGUUAUAAUACCGAGAGGAGCUGAUAAUACAGUGGCAAUAGACCUAAUAGUGCACCACAUCUGGGAUAUUUUGCGUUUGAAAAACGCCGAAAGCUCCGGGCAGCAUCCAUUCCUCCAGCAUAGACGUACUUCGGCCUCAUCCGACACGCUCAGCAGAUGACUUAAGCAUGAUAAGCUCACUCUAUCAAGCACUGCAUUUUUUCUGCAUCACGCUCCUAUGUAUAACUGAAUUCUAGGACAUUUUCCAAUUCUCUUUUUAUAAUAUUUACGGAUAAGUAAUGUCCGUUUUUAACGCAGCACUUACCUAGAUUAUCAACAUCGAUUGAUAGCGAUUUGGGUAACAAAAACGAAUCAAUGAGUUGUGAACGAAUAACAGAAGUAACAAACAAAUGAAUACGAUGAACAUUUAUUAUGAAUUCAUAUAUAUUUGUUUCGAUGUAAUUUUAUAUAUAUAAUUAUAUUGAAACAAAUUCUGUCUGGCGUUCAAUCAAAUGAUGCAAGAAAGCUUACUAUAUAAAACUUAGAUAUAAAAAUGAACUCGUUGUGUUGUAUUGACUAUUUUCUAAAUAUUUGAAAAAUUAGGUAUCUAAUGAUAAGAUGUUUAGAUAGACGUUCUUAAUAUUUCUCAACAUUUUAUAUAUGUAGUUGCUUACAUAAAAUUCUCAUUUCUCCUGUGAUACGUUCACAAAACUCAUUCGUAAAACGUAUACCAUAUAUUAUGGCAAUUAAGCACGAUAUUUUUGUAAUAACACGAAUUUUAUAUGAUAGAAAAACGGACAUUGUUUUUCCAUCAAUUACAUGUUUAUGACCAUUAUAUAUUCAGAUUGUAUCUCACACUUAUAUAACGAAAACUAUGGCGCUUUUUAUACGUGUUUCACCCUGAAUGAACACACAUUGUUGUGUGAAUUAAAGCUGUAACUCUAAACUGUCAUAAAAUGCAUGAAAUUGUGUUUUAGUGUUUCAAUGAAUAACAGGUGAAUUAAAAAGGAUUAAUAGAAGCCGAGUUUAUGAAAGUAAAUUCGUCAUUGCCGAAUUGAGAAUUUGAUUGUAAUAUUUUUUAAUAUCUUUCGUUCCUUCUAUUAUAUUACUCUUUUAUUAUCUCUGCACUGUAAUAAUACAUUUAAAUGUGAAUACAACAAACAAGUAGAAUAGAAAUAACUUCGUUUUUUAAAUCACUCAAUAAAUUAAGCAGUUUUUAAUAAAUUAAUUUUUUAAAAAGAAAUAUAUCAAGAAGGAAUAGAACAGAAUUAAAAGAUUUAAAAGCAUUUUCUUGUUUUCAAAGAUUACGAAUUCCAUUUCAUAAAGUAUAAUUCGUUUCAGUUUAUUUUAAUUCUUAGUCAUUGUUAUAUUGAAAUAUAUAGAGCUAUUAUUUGAUAUAGCAUCGUAUAACUAUACUACCUAUGGAGCACAAAUGUUUUUACAAAUAUUUCAAGUAUUGUGUAUCAGGAGGUACCUAUGAAUAAUGCGUAUGUGUGAAUUGUCUGUGAUAUAUAUAUAUAUAUUAUGUGUAUGUAUGGAGAUGUAUGUUGUGCAUACAUACAAAAUACUUUAGAUUACCUGUUAGAUAUUAUUUGAUUUCUGGUCACUCCAGUAUAUUUUGCAUUUGCACUCUUACAUAAUAUUUUAUAGACACGUAGCAAGUAUCUAUUAGCAUAAUUGUUCAAAUUGCAAUGUAUCUAGUUUAAGUUUAUUUAUAUCUUAAACGUUCACUUAUUACAUUCUGUGCACAAUUCUGAUACUUCAACGUAUGCAGAAUCAAUUGUUGAUUUCUCUUAGCAUUAAUCUUUCUCUGAUAAGUUCCAAAGCUAGUUUUAUUUAAUGUAAUUCUCAUGGCAAUUUGCUUUAUCUUAUUUCUCAUGGCAGUUUAAUGUGAUUCAAUAUGAUUUGCGCACAAUUUUCUUAUUCUAUGUAUAACAAGCUCAAAAUGAAACCUGUACAAUUAUUUAAUUACUUUUUCAAAAUUAUUCACAGUUUAAUUUCUGAUUUGUUUGGAUCGAAAUUGUUAUAUAUAGUUUAAGAGAUUCUUUAUUUCUUUUAGUUCCGGAUUUAGUUUUGCAUUUUAAGAUGAUAAUUCUUUAAAGUCUACAUCUUAUAUAUCUGUAAUCAACUGAACAAGUGAUAGAGAUAGUUCUGGGAUGUUCCGCAUAUUGUUAAGAGAAGAGAGAGAGAAAAACUUUCCUGUACUGGUAAAACAAUAUAUGAACACAAGUGUCUUAUGCAUAAUAAUCCGCACUCCGUAAUCAUAAUAUAACUAGAUUUGUUAUCCAUAAAAUAGCCACAAUUAAAAUUCCAGAUAUUUAUCAAUUUUAUAUUACUUUAAAGUGUACAACGAUAUGCCAUAAAUAAAGGAAUUUAUUAUACCCAAAUGUAUCGUGUAUCCCUAAUUUGCGAUUGCGCACUGACAUUUCGUGAUGAUUUGUUACAGUGGCGAUAGAUCUGAUAGUGCAGCACAUACGAGACUUCUUAAGCAACCGAGGUAGGGAAAUGGUGGAACCUGAAAGUCCAGUAAACAGGAUAGACGGAUUAAUCAAGAGACCGCAUUAAUCCUUGAAAUCUUAGCAAGUUUAGAAUGUUUUGCUGAAUCUAAUCUUGUUCACUUUAUUUCGAUAUCUGCGACAUUUUGUAUCGUUUUACUAGUAUAUAAAUAUAGGAGAGUUUGAGAUUAAUAUUUCGAGAUUCGUCACGUUAUAUUUUACUGACACUUGUAGUAAACUUUGCAAUAACAUUUUAAUGAACACUGUUGACUAAUUAAAAAGGAAAAAUCCUCUAGAUUUAGAUACGCAUAUAGAAGAUACAGGACAUGAUCAAAAUAUGUAGCAAAGCUGUGGAGCAGCGAUUGAGAGCAAAAUAAAUUUAUACAUGCCCAAUAAUGUAGGAUAGUCUGCUUAAAUCUUUUUUUAUCCUUUUAACACGAGACUAAUAUGCUGUACCAGCUUUGCCAUAGUUUUCGAUUACAUCCUGUGUAUGUACAAAGAGCACUGAUGUGCUCUAGUAAUUUAUACCAUCAAUUAGAGAUUGUUAAAAUGAAUAUAUGUCGUAUACUUUUUUUGUAUACUUCUAAUAGAGGGAAAAAA